AUGUCUUCGCCUUCUUCCUCUCUCCGCAAGAGAGGCGGGAAAAAGGACGCUUACACGGCUGUACCUUCCGAUGAAGUCUCGCUGCAUCCUGCGGUCGCGGCUGCGCGCCAGCAGUCGGAGUGGGAUUAUUGGCUGGCCAUGAUCGUGCUCACCGUGUUGGCAUUUGCGACCCGUUUCUACCGUAUUGACUACCCCAACGAGGUUGUCUUUGACGAGGUUCACUUUGGCAAGUUUGCCUCGUAUUACCUUCAGCGCAUGUACUUCUUCGAUGUACACCCUCCCUUCGGAAAGCUCCUGUUUGCUUUUAUGGGCUGGUUGGUGGGAUAUGAUGGCCACUUUUUCUUUGAGAACAUUGGGGACUCGUAUAUUGACAACAACGUGCCCUAUCUAUCUCUCCGUGCGAUGCCGGCUGCCCUCGGUGCUCUGACAAUUCCCGUCGUGUUCUUGACUAUGUGGGAGUCAGGCUACUCGCUGCCAGCCUGUGUGUUGGCUGCCGGUCUGAUGGUGUUCGACAACGCUCACGUUGGCGAGGACCGCCUGAUCCUCCUGGACUCCACGCUGGUGUUGACCAUGGCUCUCAGUAUUCUCUGCUAUGUCCGGUUCUACAAGCUGCGCCACCAGCCUUUUGGACGUAAGUGGUGGAAGUGGCUGCUACUGACUGGAUUCUGCAUGAGCUGCGUCAUCUCGACCAAGUAUGUAGGCUUCUUCACUUUCGUGACCAUUGGUGCGGCCGUCCUGAUCGACCUGUGGAACCUGCUGGAUAUCAACCGCCAACAGGGGACUCUUGAUAUGUACACCUGGAUUAAGCACUUUGCAGCUCGUCUGGUCGGGCUCAUCAUCAUCCCUUUCUUCUUCUACCUCUUCUGGUUCCAGGUCCACUUUGCAAUCCUCACCCGGUCCGGCCCUGGUGAUGAGUUCAUGUCCCCCGAGUUCCAGGAGACCCUGAAUGACAAUGCCAUGACCGCCCAGUCUGUUGGAGUCCAGUACUUCGAUAGCAUCACUCUUCGCCACAAAGACACCAAGACUCUUCUACACAGCCACUGGGAGAAGUACCCGCUACGCUACGAUGAUGGCCGAAUUUCCAGUCAGGGCCAGCAGGUUACCGGCUACCCGCACAAUGAUACCAACAACCUGUGGCAGGUCCUGCCGACGAAGCCCUUGGCCGAGGAUGGCCAGCCACAGAGCGUGUUGAAUGGGGAUAUCAUUCAGCUCCUCCAUGUGGGCACCAACAGCUUCCUCCUCACCCACGACGUAGCUUCCCCCUUCUACCCCACCAAUCAGGAGUUUACCACUGUUUCUCAAGAGCUGGCUGACGGCGAGCGCCACAACGAUACGCUGUUUGAGCUGAAGAUUGAGAAUGGCAAGCCUUCUCAGGAAUUCCGCACCUUUGCCAGCCUGUUCAAGCUUAUCCAUGUCCCCACUCGGGUCGCCAUGUGGACACACACCACCCCUCUCCCGGAGUGGGGCUUCAAGCAGGCCGAGAUCAACGGUAAUAAGAACAUCCUUCAGUCCAGCAACCUUUGGUUCGCCGAGACUAUCGAUGGUCUCGCGGAGGAUAGCCCCCGCCUGGUGCGGGAGGAGCGCAAGCCCAAGUCCAUGUCCUUCCUGCGCAAGUACCUUGAGCUGCAAGGUGCCAUGUUCCACCAUAACAAUGCGCUAACCAGCAGCCACCCUUAUGCCACCGAGCCCUUCCAGUGGCCGUUCUUGCUGCGCGGUGUGAGCUUCUGGACCAAGAACGAGACCCGGGGCCAGAUCUACUUCCUGGGUAACCCCAUUGGAUGGUGGAUUGCUAGCAGUCUUCUGGCCGUUUUUGCCGGCAUCGUCGGUGCCGACCAGCUGUCCCUCCGCCGUGGGGUGGAUGCACUGGAAGAAAUCUGGGGUCCCGGAGCCCGCUCCCGCCUGUACAACAGCACCGGAUUCCUGUUCCUGUGCUGGGCGGCCCACUACUUCCCCUUCUGGCUGAUGGGCCGCCAGCGCUUCCUGCACCACUACCUGCCGUCCCACUUGGCGUCGACCAUGGUGACGGGCGCACUGAUUGAGUUUAUCUUCAACCUGGAGCCCCUGGACCCUGCCACCGCGGCGCCGCCCGAGGAUGACCCCUCCGGCAAGGCUAAGGCGAGCCGCAGCGUGCGCCGCUUCGUCACCGCCAAGGAGCGUAUGGGCCGCAAGUCGCUCCUUGCGGGAUGGAUCGCGACUCUGGUCAUCCUGGCGGUUACCAUCUACGGGUUCGUCUUCUAUGCGCCGUUGACCUACGGCACACCCGGCCUGGAUGUGGCGGGCGUCAACGCCCGCAAGUGGCUGAACUAUGACCUCCACUUUGCCAAAUAA